CCAGCCCGUUAUAAAAGCCCGCGGACGCACGCAGACGUGCCAAAUGGGCUGUCAAUGCGAUUUGGAGUAACAAGUGGAUUGGACGUUUAAGAUUUUUUUCCCCCUCAACAUCGCGUUUGGAAACUCUUUGCACCAUGGACUCAGAUACCAGCCGUGUGUCGAGCAGACCGUCCUCCCCGGAGGUGGACGACAUCUUCAUCUCCACCCUGAAGAAGUCGGUCCACGGCUUCUCCGGCGCGGUGUCCUCCACGCAGAGCGACUCUCCGUCAGAGCUCCCCGGCCUGCGCGGCCUCUCCGCCGCCGACGAGGAGGCUCUGGCCCUGCGGAUGGCGUCUAAGAAGGACCGUAAGCUGCUGUCGGAGGGCGAGCUGCAGACCAUCCGCCUGAAGAUCAACAGCCGGGAGAGGAAACGGAUGCACGACCUGAACGUGGCCAUGGACGGGCUCCGGGAGGUCAUGCCCUACGCGCACGGACCUUCGGUGCGCAAACUCUCCAAAAUUGCCACCCUGCUGCUGGCCAGAAACUACAUCCUGAUGCUCAGCAACUCCCUGGAGGAGAUGAAGCGGCUGGUGAGUGAGAUCUAUGGCAGCAGCGGGCACCACGGCGGCUUCCACCCGUCGGCCUGCGGGACUAUGACGCACGCGGGACCCGUGCCCGGACACCCGGCGGCUUCCCACGCGUCUCACCCGGCUGUGCACCACCCGCUGCUGCCGCCGGCAACCGUCUCCACCGCGUCUCUGUCCGCCCCCGGUAUCUCCGCCGUCACCUCGGUCAGACCCCACCACGGACUCCUCAAAGCGCCGGCCGCCGGUGCGGGGCCUCUGGGCAGCAGCUUCCAGCACUGGGGCGUCGGUACCGGCAUGCCGUGUCCGUGCAGCAUGUGCCAGGUCCCGCCUCCGCAUGUGUCCAGCAUGAGCUCCGUGAACCUGCCGAGGCUGACCGGAGACUCCAAGUGACUCCAGACCCGGAACUUUGUCAGACUGUCUCCUUGAUCCCGCUUUUAUUUAUCUGUUGCUCAAACUGUGGUCCACCUCUGGUUCUCCUCACUGGGACUCUUUUUUUGAAACUAACUUAGUGUUUUCUGAUCAUUAACCUCUAUUGUAACUUCAGCUCAUUCUGGAGAACCUUCCUCAUGUUAUUUAAAGAUCAACUCUCCAUUCUGUGGAUCCAGAAGGAUCCAAAAAGCUCCAACUUGAACUAUAGAUUGUAAAUAUGUAGAUGGAUUAUUCUAGUGGGAGAUAUUCUAUAUUAGAGUGUGUUGAUGUGGAGGAAGUCCUCACAUGUUGCUUUAUUCUCCUGGUUUCUUCUCCCAGUAGGUUGGCUUCUCUGCCCAAUGACCACUUCUUUAUUUUUUUAAUAAAAAAACAUUUGAAAAUGAUAUUUAUUUACUUAUUUUGGAGGGAGUUUCAGAUGAAUCUCUGCUUCUGUUGGGGGUUUGAAAUGUAAAAUAAAGACGA